CACAAGUAACCUUAUUUCUGAAGCUCACCAACUCGAUCGAUCUAGCCAUGUGCUCAUCUUCGAUAACCUCGGCAGAUUCUGGGGUUCAGUAGCGAGGGCUAUGGCGUUUACAAUCAGUUCGUGGAAUUGAUGAUGAACUGACGGUGUUGCGUUUGUAAUUAGUGUGCUGACUGCUUUUUCAGAGGCUGAUUCUUCAGGUCAAUCUCUGUAGUUCGGUAGUUUUUCUUCUUCCUCCUGUUAUGUUCUGAUUCAUCUUUGCAAGCUGCACUUUAGUAGGUUUGUCUGGCUUUCAGAUUCUUCGAUUCGUACCUCUCGUUCUUGCGAGAAUUUGGAGUAAGCAGAGUAUUGCAUGGUGUCGAAGUUUCCCAAGGAUGAUUGGAGGGGUGGGAGGUAUUCUGCGAUCUCCGUUUGGGAGCGGGUGAUUGGAUUGAGUUAGGGUUGAUUGAAAUGUGGGGAAAUCAACUUGAACUUUGAAAUUUUUCUUUUAGGAUCAAAUCCGGCUUGUCCACUGAGCCAUGGUCUUUUUAUUGUGGCCGUUCUCUGUUCUGAUUGAGAAUCGUGCUCAUAUUCUCUUUCACGCAAUGUGAUGUUUUUUCUUUCUCUCUGCAUAUUCUCGGGGAUUGAAAUACUGUGCGCUUGAGAUGAUGUUUGAUCGCACAUCUUUUGUAUUGUGUUGGAAGCCGUAAUUACAAAUUGGAAUUAAUUGCACGUCGUGUAAGGGUGCAUUAUUGUUUGAUUUAUGUUUGAUACAUUCCAUAGGAACUGGCCUUUCCAAUGGUUGAACAGCAGAGAUUUGCUGGCAUCGCUCUUUAUCUCGGCCUAGACAAAUGUGAACCUUGUUUUCGAGAGGUGUGGGCUGAGCUUUGCCGACCUCUUCCACUGAGUUCUCUAAAUGUUGGGGUCUCAAAUGUCCGGUAGCGACUCUUCGUGUCUUUUGUUGGUUGUGAAGUGUUUUUUCGAGGUUUUGUUUGUGCUGCUGUAAUCAAGUACAAUGAGGCGGGGGAUUUGUGUUCCACCUGAUGCAGACAGAAGACAGUCCACGUCACAAAGGCGGUGAAAGAAAUUCUAGGGGAGAGAAGAGGAGGGAGACGAUGGUGGAGAGAAGAGAAGCGAGCAACGCCUUUCUUCGCACCCCAUUUCUGGAGAAUUACGUAGAGAGGACUCUAAGCUCGGGUUCAAACGAUUCACAAUAUGACGAUGUGGUUGUGGCAGUUCCGGAUGAAUUCCAGCAUGUUUAUGAGAGAUCAGCAUCUGGACAGAGCGCCACAGGAAGCUUGUCUCAGUGGAGAGCUCAAGACGAGCAAUUGGAAUCGAAAUUGGACACUCCAGAUCUUGCAACCCAGAGCAGGAACACGUUUCAGCAAAUUCAUGAAUUAAGUAGGUCCCGCUCCAGCGACAGAUCAAGAGGACGACCUUAUCACUCAGGACACUCUAUCCGGAAUCCCAUAGAAAAGAAGUCGCUUGUGAGAAGAGCGGCUUACAGUGCCAAGACCGACACAUGGAAUUUCUUGUAUAAUGCGAUGAUUGGGCUGUACAUGUGGCCGAAAUGGAGCUGGGACGCCAUGAAAGACAAUUCCAAACUUACGAUUCUAUCCGUCAAACAAGGAGUCUGUUCCGGUUUGGCUUCAAUACUUUGUGUUGUCCAUUUUCCGCAGCCCUUCACACAGAUUUCGGCAAUCGCGUUGUGGGCCGUUGUCACUACUGACCUUCUGUAUGAGGGAAACAUUGGGCUCUCUAUUAGCAAAGGCUUCAAUCGUGUUCUUGGAACUUUAGCUGCUGGUUUCCUAGGGUUCGGCCUCAUUCAAAUCGGGCCAGAGCUUGGAUCAUUAUAUCCUUAUUUUGUGGUCUUCUGUGUAAUGGCUGGAAGUGCAAUCUGUAGAUUUCUGAAAGGAAUACCCCCGUUGAAAGACCAAUGGGGUUAUGCUUUCACUGUAGCAACUAUUGCAUUUCAUAUCUUUAUAAUUACGGCGUACUUGGAUCCUGAAAGGUGGACAUUGCCGAUGCUUCGAUUCUCCAUGAUCUUGUUGGGGUUUGCUAUGUCAUCGAUUGUCAAUAUAGCUAUUCAGCCUAUCUAUGCUGGAGAUGCGCUGCACAGGCUUGUGGCGAAAAACUUCGAUACAGCUGCCAUUGUCUUUGAGAGAUGUGUUGAGGAGUAUAACAAAGACACGAAGUUGGAUCAUGUUCCGGACAUCCUGAGUGGGCGCUCCGUAGAUGACAAAAUUCACCAAAGUUAUCAUGAAAUAGUCAUGUCAGAUUCAGACAUUGACAAAUUGUUGAGUGCAGUGCAUUGGGAGCCAUCGCACGGGAAAUUUUUCAUGGGUUAUCCUUGGCACAUGUACGACGACAUUACAGACUACCUCCGUUACACUUUGUAUGAUGUCAUAGCUCUUGAUUUGUGUCUUCGGGCAAAUAUUCAAGCACCCAAGGAACUCAGAGAACUCUUUGCUGAGGAGAUGGCGACAAUUGCGACAGAGUGUGCAACCGUACUUCGCAUGUUAGGGGACAGUAUCAAAAAUAUGAAAAAGUUUUCAUCAGAAGACAUUAUGAAACGAGCCGAGGAAGCAGCUGUUGCACUCCAGUUCAAAAUAUAUAAAAACACACAUAAACUUCUGGGCAGUAUAGAAUCUGAUUCACACGUCUGUCCUGUCCAGUGGUCAGCGUCGAAUCCUUCAGCAAGCAAAGACAUCGGAUCUGGAAACAGCUCAGAGACAAAUUGCAACCCUAACUAUAGUCGCAACCAAAACACAGAAGAAAACAUUUUCACAACUGAUUCGUCAAAAGGUACCAGCCCGGCAAUCAAUAUACCAGCCCCUGAAGGUAAUCGAUAUACUCAUGUGGGUUUUGAACAUAAGGAAAAUAUGUCGAAGGUUGGCUCACCAGGAAGGUUGCCUGCUCUUGGCUCACCACAAAAGAGUAGCAUGCGGACAAGAUCUGGAACAUUGAAGAAAACCACAUUAGAGACUCUGUCUGAGGGCGUCCCUGCUAUCAAUGUCUCGAUUCCUAAUAGCGGGUCACCUGGAAUUGCAACAAGCCCUGACCAACCAUUUCAAGAACAAGACGAAGUAACCACUCCCGGUAGAGGUGGCACCAAGCGUUCAACCGUUGCAUGGCAACAGACAUUUUCACAUAGGAAGUCCAGCUUAGGACCAUACCUUGAUGGCACACUGGAGAGAAUAUCGGCUCUGUCCUUGGUCAAGUUUGCCUCUCUGCUGAUUGAGGUUGUUUCUAAGAUGAGGUACGUUGUUGAUUGUGUUGAAGACCUGGGCGAACAGGCUAGAUUUGAAAACUGUGGUCAAGCUGAGAACAAAAGUUCGGCCCAGCACAUGGGAUAAACCCAUUAUGUUUAUUCAAAUGCCACAAUAUAUGUACACGCAUACACGGUAGGUAGGUUGUUUAUUUGUAAGCGAACAUUCACAGUUCCCACAAGAUCGCGAUUAGUGUUGUGGGACUUCUUGGUGACGAUCUGAACAUGCGAUAUACAACUUUUGGCAAUACUGUUGGGCACACCUUGCUGCUAAGUAUUGCUUUGUGUUGAUCUGUUAAACUUGUAAUACGUAUGUAGUGUUGAAAACUUUUUGACAACAACCCAGUAGGUCUUCAUUUCAUUCUUAAUGCAAAGGGUGUACAUUUACAAUUUCAC